AUGGAUAAAAUGAAAAAGUCAAUUAGGCAACAGUACUACUGGCCCGGCAAGACCAAACAAAUAGAGUCAUACAUACAAGGAUGCCCCAUCUGUGCUAUUAAACCCCAAAAACGAUUAAUAAAAGCGGAUGCCGUUAUAAUAGAACCAGCUCAAAGUCCCUUCGAAAUCAUGAACCUAGAUAAAUUCACAUUGGAAGGAAAAGAUUUUCUUUUAUUUGAAGAGAGUUUGACUCGUUAUGUUUGGACUACACCAGUCAGAAAAUAUAAAAUAGCAGAACUGGUAAAGGAAUUCUUCCAUUCAAUUCCUACACCUAAAAAAUUAAUUACGGAUAACAAAUCCCUCUUUACAAGUAAAGAGAUGCAGACCUUAACAGCUCUUCUAGGAAUUAAACAAAUAAAGAUUUCUGCCUAUCACCCCCAAAGUAACAGGAUAGCUGAAAGAGUGAUUGGUACAAUAAAACGUUUGGCCGCAACCCUGGAAGGAGAAGUGACACAAAAAAUAAUUAAAGCAACAAAAUUAUAUAAUAAUAGCCCCCACUCUAUAACUAAUUAUGUGCCCGAAGAACUUUUAUUUGCAAAACCCAAAGAAUUCCCUUAUGAUAGAGAAGAAUAUCUUCAGGACCGUGCUGAGAGAGCACAAGCACAACGUGAAGACGCAGUAAAAAGGGCAGGAAAGGCAAAGAUAGUCAACCAGAAGAAAAUCAUUCGAACAGCAAAAGAGGAGACAUAUUCCUCAGGAGAAUAUGUACUAAUCAAAACUAUGACCAAUGGAAAACCCACAUGGACAAAACCUUUAGCCGUACUGGAUGUCAAUAACGACAACAAAACUGUAACCUUAUUUUUCAACGGAUAG